GAGGCCAACUUUAUAAUGUUGCAAAACCAGCUUUACAAUAUCACAUCGGUAGCCAGAGAAACAGUAGAACUUUCCAGCUCCGUGCGUUGACACAACGUUGUGACAACCUGCUCAAUCUGUCUGACAUUCGAGUGGCCGCGACAAGGAUUCGCAACGACAAUGGCGAUGGCGGUGAACGUUUUCUCCACGAACCUGACGACCGACAACCUGUCCAGACACGACAUGCUGGCCUGGGUGAACACGCUGCUCAACACGCACUACCAAAAGAUCGAGGAACUGUGCACCGGCUCGGCGUACUGCCGUUUCAUGGACAUGCUGUUCCCCGGUUGUCUGGUGCUUAAGCGGGUCAAGCUGGACACGAAGCUGGAGAACGACUACAUAAACAACUUCAAGAUACUGCAGGAGAGCUUCAAGAAGAUGCGCGUGGACAAGAUCGUGCCGAUCGAGCGUCUGGUCAAGGGCCGGUUCCAAGACAACUUCGAGUUCCUGCAGUGGUUCAAGAAGUUCCACGACGCCAACGCCGGGGGGCGCAAGCAGCCGACGGCGAAGAAGCCGAGCCCGGCGAAGCCGCCGAUGGCGCUGAGGCAGCCCGCGGCCAAGGUGAUGGGCGACGUGGCCAAGUCGCCCGUGCGCAAACCGACCGAGAGCGAGAAGACGAAGCUGCACGAGCUGCAGAUCAUGAUCAGCGGCUUGGAGAAGGAGCGUGACUUCUAUUUCGGUAAGCUGCGCGACAUCGAGGUGAUCUGCAGGGAGACCGAGGAGCCCAACCCGUACAUCCAGAAGAUCCUGGACAUCCUGUACCAGACGGAGGAGGGCUUCGCCCCCGCCGAAGAGGUGGACGGUUUCGUCGAGGAGGAGGUCGAUUAUUAAUUACCAUUGUCGUUGAUUCGAAUCUUAGUUGCAUCAAUAAAGCGUUAUAAAUUCA